AUGACCCCCACUCUCCUCAUCUGCUCCACCCACCCCUCCCCACCCACCACACCCCCAUCCUAUUUCCUAGUGCUCUUUGCCCUGGUAGAGAUCAGCCCAUCCCUCUUCACUCCCUGGCCCUCUAUUCUAGACUCUCCAGGAGCAUGUGACCCAACCCAGCCCCACCCUCUCUUGUACAAAUACUCCCCUGGGGAGACAGAGCCUCAGCCUUGCUGUCCCUGGCUCUGCACUCUCAGGUGUUGCGUGUGUCACUUCCUGCACUCACCCCAUGAAGAUGGAUCCAGGUUACUGGGGUCAUUGCCCUCCUCAUGGUCCACCACCCCCUGGCCCAGGACACUGUCACCGUGGUCCUCACCAUCACCAUGGCCCCGGGCACCCUGGUCCUCACCAUCACCAUGGCCCUGGGCACCCUGGUCCUCACCAUCACCAUGGCCCUGGACACCCUGGUCCUCACCAUCACCAUGGUCCUUGGCAUCCUGGUCCUCACCAUCACCAUUGCCCUGGGCACCCUGGUCCUCACCAUCACCAUGGCCCCUGGCACCCUGGUCCUCACCAUCACCAUGGUCCACAUCACUGAGAAAUGAGAAGACGAGAGAACACAAGAUGAGGAGGCUACACAGAACCCCCAGCUGACCCAGCUCCCAGACUUACCCAGAAUUUUCCCUUCCAAAUAAAUAGCCUCCUGGAGGCCAUGUUUGUGCUCCUCA